GAGCACUAUUGAGCAUGCUUUUUGGAGUUUUUGGUUUUUGGAUAAUGUCAAAAUAUACAAAAGUACUCUGUGAAUGUAUGUGUGGUACGUAGACAGAGUAGUUUCUCUGUCUACGGUGUGGUAUUUAUUUUUCACAGGAAACAUUAAUGUAAAUAGUACUGAAAUUGCUUAUUUAGAUUUAAUCAUUACGUAAAGCUAUCACUGCUGUAUUUAAGUGUACCUGCAACCUUAAUUAUUACUAUACACAUAAGCAAUGACACUGUUUAAGCUUAAAGCGACGACAACAAUUCUUAUCGAAGAAGACUAUAAUAAAAAUGCUUUACCUCUUCUUCAAAACCUUGUCCAAGAUGAUUACAUGUUGAAUAUUUUCUGUCUUGAACAGCCAGUAGCCUUAUGGCAAGGUAUAUUUAAGGAAAAACGAUGCCAAUUCUUUGAUGAAAUAUGUCGAGAAGCAUUGGAUAAACCAAAAGAAAAAACAACAAUAAUCAUUGAUUCUGUAAAUCAAAUGAGCCUCUUGUUAGGAUGGAACAAUUGUUUAAAGAUUAUCAAAAAUUUUCAGCAUGAUUCGAAUGUUUCAAAGGUUAUAAUAAUAUUACACAAAGAUUGUAUAUUACUAAAUUCAAAAUUGCAAAUACACUUGAAUCACAUAGCCCAUGCAAUAGUUACCUUUGAUGGAAAGAAAAAUGACAAAUUGUACAUACAAAUAAAAAAGGCAGGCAAACUGUUGAGAAGCGAAGAAAUUAUGUCUUAUGAUUCUAGGACUUGUUACUUUAAAUUAUCACCUAUAGUUAAAUUAAGUAAGAAAGAUGAAGUAGAGAAGGUUACACCUGGAAGUCUCACAACAUUUAAGAUAGAGACGGAUCAAAUAUCACAGUUGGAGAAGAAUAAAUUGCAACUACCAUACAUGAGUAAAAUCAAUGAAGGUCAGGGUAGAGUAUUCUAUGAACCAGAUGCAGUGGAUGACUGGGAUGAUGAGGAUCCUGACGAUGAUUUGGAUAUUUAAUAAAUUGUUUAUAAUAUUAA